AUGGGCGACGCCGGCCAGGAGCUGCACUACGAGCCGCUGCCGUACCGCGACCUGUGGCCGGGCGUGGACGAGCUGCUGCCGCCGCUGGUGUCGGCCGCCGGUCGCGACGCGCUCGACCUGGCGUUCGCGCCGGCCGAGCUGGCGGCGGCCGGCCGCGGCGCGCGCGUCCUCUACGGCAGCGUCAACUCGGACGGCGACAAGCUGCCAGAGCACAGCGUUUGCAAGCUCUGCGACGGGCAGGUGGACCUGUUCCGCGCGCACGAGCACAGCGUGCAGGGCCGCUUUGUGCUGUCAGGCGACGGCGUGGUGCUGGAGCCGCCACCGACUACGACGUCGUCAUCGUCGACUCGGACCGCAGACGUGGAGUCGGCCGAGACGGUGGACGACCCUCUGCCGUACGCCUGCGACGUCUGUCAGAAGGCGUUCAGCACGCGGCGCGUGUUGAACAAGCACCUGCUGAGCCACGCGGGCGUGCGGUAUCCGUGCGAGCAGUGCGACAAGAGCUUCCCUCGGCUGGACCGGCUGCGCCGCCACCAGCUGACGCACGCCGCCGUACGACCGUACGUGUGCCAGACAUGUCAGAAGGGCUUCAACCGGCGCGAGUACCUGGUGCAGCACCAGCGUGUGCACUCGGGCGACCAGCCGUUUCAGUGCGACAUCUGUGGCAUGCGCUUCAGUUUGCACUCCAACUUCACCAUGCACAAGCGAGUGCACGCGCAGGAGAAGCGGUUCACGUGCGAUGUGUGCGAGCGCGGCUUCAACCGGCUGGACCACCUGGAGACGCACAAGCUGCAGCAUACUGGCGAGAAGCCCAUGAUCUGCGAGAAGUGCGGUCUGCAGUUCUCCAUCAAGGAGAAGUUGCAGCGGCACAUGCUGGUGCACGCCGACGAGAAGUCGUUUGCCUGCGCCAUCUGUGCUCGCCGCUUCCGCCGCAAGGACAAGCUGGACGCGCACAUGGAAAAGCACGCGUCUGGGCCCGGCCAGGCGUGUCAGCUGUGCCCUAAGGUGCUGCCUCGACGCGAGCUGCUACGCCAGCACGAGCGCCAGCACGCUGACCCUGCCAAAGUGCAGUGUCCCACCUGUCUCAAGUUUUUCGCCGACCAGGCUAAGUACCAGGCGCACGCGCAGCGCCACAAGCCGCUGGUGCGCGACGCGGCGCGCCAUCAGUGCGAGAUGUGCAUGAAACCCUUCCGGCGGCCAAACGUGCUGCGUGCGCACAUGAAGAAGGCGCACGACCGCGUGCUGGCCAGCCCGGCGCGCGUGAUGAACAACAAGCCGCGCUCCUUCCAGUGCCACCUGUGCCGGCGCGGCUUCACGCGCCAACAGACGCUCAAGGCGCACGUCCAGCGCGUGCAUGAAGCGGCCGAGCCGGAGCCGGAGCCGGACCCGGUGGCC